CCGGGCUCAUGGACUGCGGGCUCUUGUUGUAAGACGGUCGGUAUUUAUCCGCGUCUCCCUGCCUCCAGCGGGGCUCUCUCCUCUGUCCUCCCCGGGUCCUGUAGCUGCAGGCUCGGCUCACCUCGUCAGGAGCAAGGGUGCACGCAGUCCUUCCACACAUUUUACUGCGAGAAAAUAACUUUGUAUGCACCUGACAGAAAGACGUUUUUAAAGCGGUUGGUGUAGGAAGUAGAGGAAAUCGUCGUGCUGUUGCCAUGGGAACCACAGUUAGGUCGACUAGUCAGGCGCAGCGUGAGUUCCUCCGGUGAAACAGAACCGGCUUCCCUGGAGAUUAUACACAUGUGAACCUCAGAAGCUGUGCAUAUCCUACCAAACCAUGAAGCAGAGUAAAAGAAAAGGUUCCCCUGAAGAAUGACACUAAUGUUGAUAUGAAGGCCAUGUCCAAACAGCCUGUCCAGCUGGCUAGACGCUACGUAACAUGCCCAGACAGUGAUCGCAAAACUUUUUACAUGAGCCAUUGUACCAAAAUGCUGUAUACUGAGAAAACAGAAGGUCUGUCCAAGGAUCAGAAACUCACAGCUUUGGGCCAUAAAUACACCCAAGAUGGAAGCAAAAGCCUGCAAGCAACAGGUACACCUCUUGAGGGCAAAGUCCCCCGCAGUUUUGUCAGCUUACCUGCACUUAAUCCAGAGAGACUGAAGACAGCCAGAGCUCUGGUGGACAAAGCUAUCAGUCUACAUAAGGUGUUCUCUGUCCAGGGCCCUUACCCUGUCAUCAGGACAGCGUUGAGGGCCAGAGGCUGGGUUGAGCAGCGUUUGCACCGCCCAAAACGCAAGGCUCACCAUCGUCUCAGCGAGGAGGGCAGAGCCAGAUCUAAUGAUGCUGCUGGCAGCGAUGAAUAUGAAGACAAUGUCAUCAAAGAGCAGGACCCUGAUCGACUGUAUGAUAUCAUGUCUCGCCUGGUGCGGAAUGAAAUGGUUUAUUUCUAUUGGACGGUUCGUAGAGACGCCAUCAACCCCAACAGCUUGCAAAAAGAACAGAUUAUCAAUCAUUUUGCAAAAGCAGGCAGCUUCACCACCAAGUCGGGGUUGUGUGUGAACCUGAGGAAGCUACACUGGUUCGACACAGCUGACCCAGACACCUUCUUUCCUCGCUGUUACAAAGUGGCUGCACAGGAUGAAAAGCAUGCGUUCAUUGAGGACUACAGGAGGACAGCCUGCACCAGUUUUUUGAAGUACAUCGUGGAGAGGGAGCAAGGCGUUCAGGCAGAGGGAUUGGGCCACAACAUCCGGGGUGCGAGGAAACGAAGCAAACAGCGAUCCAGACCAGUGGACCUUCCCCAAAUGAUAUCCAGCGCACUCAAAGUAUGCCAGUACUUUCUGGAGAGUCUGGAGCAUCGUGACAUCGACAGAAACCAAGAGCCACCACUUACAGAGGAGGAGUGGGAAGAGUUUAUCCACAAUUACUACCUUGUUGUUCAUGGAGGAGAGAAGAUCGAGAACAGUGAUCUUUUUGUGACCUGCUGCAAAGCCAUGCUACAGAGACUGGUGGAGGUCUGUCCACAGCUGGACAUCGACGGUAUACACAACAUCUGGAUCAUCAAACCUGGAGCCAUGUCAAGGGGCCGAGGAAUCAAAUGCGCCAAGCGUCUGGAUCAGAUCCUCCGGCUGGUGGAUGGAGAUAUAACCCUAAUCAGAGAGAGCAAGUGGGUGGUGCAGAAGUACCUGGAGCGCCCCCUGCUGGUCCAUGGCACUAAGUUUGACCUGCGCCAAUGGUUCCUGGUCACAGACUGGAACCCUCUGACUGUGUGGUUUUAUAAAAAGUGCUACAUGCGCUUCUCUACACAGCCUUACUCGCUCAAUACAAUGGACAACUCUGUCCACCUGUGCAAUAACUCCAUCCAGAAGCACCUGAGACCCUCCCAACAGCGCCACCAAAGUAUCCCAGCAGACAACAUGUGGUCAGACGAUCAGUUCAGGACCUUUCUGUCCAGCCAGGGUCGGGGAGCUCAGUGGCAGACAGUGGUAGUCCCCGGUAUGAAGAAGGCUGUGAUCCAUGCUUUACAGACAACACAGGAUCUCAUGGAUUCACGCAAAAACACCUUCGAGCUCUACGGUGCUGACUUCAUGUUGGGUCAUGACCUUUGCCCCUGGCUGAUUGAACUCAAUGCCAGUCCCACUAUGUCUCCCUCCACCCCGGUGACAGCCCACCUCUGUACUGCUGUGCAGAAAGACACAAUACGAGUCGUCCUGGACCGGAGAGCCGACCGCUCUGCAAACACCGGGGACUUCCAGCUCAUAUAUAAGCAGGCAGCAGUAGACGUGCCACAGUAUGUAGGAGUCAACCUACUUGUUGAGGGCAACAAGAUCAGGUGCCCCUGCCCACUUCCUCCACUGAACUGUUCAGGACCAAAACGUUGCAGCAGAGAGAAGGAACCUGCGGUAGAAAAAGUAAAGUCUUUGCCUAAGAUGUUGUUGAAGAGUCAGUUCAAAAACAUCAGCAGUGGGAUUCCUCCUCCAUCUCCUCUGCCUCCUGAUCCGCCUGUGUCUGUCACUAAGAAAGGCUUUGCACUUCACCUGCCAAUGACCGUGAGGACCAUCCAACUGACCACUAAUGCCCAGUCUCACUCUGCCCUUUUGUGGAAGAGGAAACGAGAGGUUCCAAAAUUCUCAUCAGAGAAAGUGCAAACCUGUAACUUAAAGAAGGAUCAGGGUCUUUCUUUGUCUUUAGAGAUUAUUCCAAAACAGCCCAGACAAGCAACAACCAGCUCGUUCAGUGCAUAAAAAAACUCCUUCAGCUUUAACUUUCUUUUUACAGGGUUUCAUGGCCUA